UGCAGCUUGAAGCAAAUUUACGCAUACUAGCGCGAAUUUUUAAUUAUAGCAGUUAUGGUAAUCGAUAAUUCGCCAAAUUUCACACUGCCGGCAAUCACGAAUAAAGAUAAAUACAAAUGUUUCCUCGGCGAAUUCGAAACCCCACUCGUGUGGAAAAAUAUUAUCUCUCAUUCAAUUUUACAUAUAGUGGCCGUGUGUUAUAUUUUUAUACACGAUUAUAAAAAUCAUCCGUGGAUUAUGGUAUAUGCAUAUACUAUAUUCGUAAUUUCUAUAUUCGGAAUAAAUGGCGGGGCUCACCGUCUUUGGACUCACCGAUCAUACAAAGUGAAGACGCCGUUGAAAGUUAUACUUUUGGUUUCAUAUUCGACGACUGGAAUGUACUCGGUGUUAGAUUGGGUGCGUGAUCACAGGGUUCACCACAAAUACUCAGACACUAACGCCGAUCCGCACAACAUCAAUAGAGGAUUUCUUUUCGCUCAUGUCGGAUGGCUCUGCAUGAAAAGGCACCCUGACGUGAUCAAGAAAGGGCGUGAAAUUGACAUAAGUGACAUAAAAGAUGAUCCACUGAUCAGAUUUCACACAAAGUAUUAUCAGUGGUUUCGGCUGUUUUUCUGCUUUGUGCUUCCCUCGAUGAUCCCGCCAUUACUAUGGGGUGAACCAUGGAUCGUGUCCAUUUUGACAAAUUCGUUUGUUAAAUACGCUGCGGUCCUAAACGCGACUUGGACUGUAAAUAGUUUAGCACAUUAUUUUGGAAACAAACCAUACGAUAAAAACCUAAGACCAACUCAGAACUUACUAGUGGCGUUCCUGACAAAGGGCGAGGGGCACCACAACUUUCAUCACGCUUUCCCUUGGGAUUAUAGAGCAUCAGAAUUUUUGCAUAUGUUCCAUGUCACGACUAUUGCCAUUGAAUUCUUUCAUAAACUUGGUUGGGCGUACGACUUGAAAACUGUUUCGCCUGAAGUACUUCGGAAGACUAUUGAACGGUGUGGUGAUGGCACUCACGAACUAUCCAAACUAACUAACUGAAACUACUCAAAAUUAGAUCAAUUUGAUAUGGAAUCCACCGUUGAAGGGUUUUUGAUUAUUACUAUAGAAAUAUCUUCUUUGGAAGAAAACUUGUAUUUGUUCUCCCGCCUCCAUCCGAAUUUCUGGACCAAAUUAUUUAAAAUGUAUAUAAGCAAAUGAUUGCUGCGAAAUUAAAUAGUGACAUGGUU